GCCGUUUGCAGCAAAGCAGGAGGCCAGAGAGAAGGGAUCCGGGAGGCGGAGGAAACAAGCUCACAAAGUGAGCAAGGAUUUGAUUGAACAGAAGCAUUCUUAGGCUUGUCAUUGUUGGAGGGGGAGUAGAGAAGGAAGGAACCGUUUGUGUCUGUAUGAGAAAUGAUUGCAGAGACUUUACCACAUGAAUUGUCUCUAAAACUUCGAAACAACGAAACUGCGUUGAAAUAUCAUGCAUCAGACAUGGAUGUGUGGUUAACCACCAUGGCGUCCAUGGGUGCUGACCUGACAACUCGGGGCAACGGCCGUGACCAGAUACGGGAGGCCUUCCUCCAGCGGGAGACGAAUAGGAACAUCGAGCGCUUCACCAAAGUGGCAAAGCAUCCACUAGCUUUCAUUAUCUACCGUCUGGCCCCAAUUCGCUGUUUUCGAGUAGAAGCUUCGAUAAGCGUGUUUGACACUCAUGUGUGGACAGCGCUUGGAUACAUUCUGGAAAUCUUGAAGGGAUUGUGUUGUACACUAGGCAGUAUGUACACACUACAUGUAAUCAAGGGCCUCGACGAGGUGCUCUGGAUCAUUAAGGGACCUUCCUCAUCCAACAGUGCUAUAUACGGUUUCAUCAAGCAUUGUUUUCAGUGCUCAAGAGCGAUGGUAGUCGUGGACGGAUCGUCUGCUGGCAAUUGAGCUUGGGAGAAUACGGUCUGAUCAUCAAACAUGUCACAGGGCGAGAAUCAGCCAUCGCAGGACGGGGUACAAAGAAUUCGAGGUAACUCCGUCCUACAAGGCAGUAUUGGACACCGAAUACAAGUUGCUGGCCUUAGCCAUCGAACCGAAUGGGUAAAGUCGUCAGCAGAGGAUAUCGACAA